UUAACUUAGUUUCUUCUUGUUCCAAUUAUUAUCAUUUUUCGUCUUAUAAAACACUCGAUAGAUCGAUCAUUCAUUUAUCAAUCUUUCGGUGUUUUUAAAUUGUCACAUAUAUAUAUAGCUAGAAAACUCUUUUGUAUCCUAUAAUUAUUUUUCUUUUCUAUGUAUAUGCUCCAUUUCGUAUAUUUAAAUGUUAGCAAAGAUUGAUGUCUCCUGUUCUUAGUGAAAUUCUUCGGUCCGGCUUUACUAUCAAUUCUUCUCUUCGUCGCCGGACCCAUCUUGUUCAAUCUUUAUCUGUCGUCUUUCUCUAUUGGUUUUACGUUUUUUCAUGAACAACUCGCAUCUCACCACCUAGACGGCUAGACUAAUAUAUUUUCAUAUCUUUAUUAUUUAUUUUUGCUCGAUUUAGUUAAUUAAUUACUCGUAUUUCUCUUUCUAGCUAUUUUUGUUAAUUAUUAAAAAAGUCGUGUUUAAAUCAGUGUUAUACAUCUGUCGUUAAAAAAGAAAAAAUUAUUAUGGCUUCCUCGAGUGGAAAUUCUUCUCAGAUCCAAAACUCGGGAUCCGAGGAAGAUUUGAUGGAUCAGAGAAAAAGAAAAAGGAUGCAAUCAAACCGAGAAUCGGCACGGAGAUCAAGGAUGAGGAAACAAAAGCAUCUAGAUGAUUUAACGGAACAAAUCAAUAAAGUCAAGAAAGAUAACAGCCAGAUCUUGACAACUAUAAAUGUCACCACACAACAGUUUGUGCAUGUGGAAGCUGAAAAUUCUGUUUUAAGGGCACAGAUUGGUGAGCUAAGUCAAAGGCUAGAUUACCUUAAUGAAAUCAUCAACACCAUGAAUAGUACAACUACUACUACUACUCAUUGCACCAAUGAUGCAAGUGGCCUAUUUGGGUAUGAAAUAAAUCAAGGUCAUAAUGAUAAUUUCAUGAUCAACAAUCCUUGGGAAAUGAUGUACUUUAACCAACAACCAAUCAUGGUCGCUGCGGAAAUGUUACAGUACUAGUGAUUUACCUUCUCUCAUGUUGGUGGUUUAGACUAAUAACCAGUAUAUGGCCGAUAAUGAACCGGUUAUCUAUCUAGUGAUCAAUGUUAUGGUACUAUAUUGUACUACUAUAGGUUUAGGUUUGGUGGUGUGGUGCUUUAUUGGUUUGUAUUUUUUAGGUUUGAUUGGUGGUGGUCGUUCAUAGUUGUAUGUUACGAUGAUAAUUAAAAUCAAGGCUUGUGUUGAGUGGAGAGGGAAAGGGAGGGAAUAUUAUGGGUUGCUUUUUAUAUUUCUAUUAAUAUUUUUAUCUUUUUAUAAUAAUGAUAUUUUGGAGUCA